AUGAAGAGACGAAAUGGCGAAAGCGGCAAAUUGCGGCGGCCCAUGAAACGCAGCAAAAUAACUGACAGUAUUUACGGAAGCACAUUCCUAUACCUGAAAUUUCUUGUAGUUUGGGCGCUGGUUAUAAUGGCUGACUUCAUUUUGGAAUUUCGGUUUGAGUACCUGUGGCCAUUUUGGUUGUUGCUGAGAAGCGUAUAUGAUUCCUUCAAAUACCAAGGCCUGGCAUUUUCAGUAUUUUUUGUUUGUAUAGCCAUCACAUCAGAUGUCAUCUGUUACCUUUUCAUACCAGUCCAGUGGCUUUUCUUUGCAGCCAGCACUUAUGUCUGGGUACAUUAUGUUUGGCACACUGAACGAGGCAUUUGUCUACCAACAGUAUCCUUGUGGUUACUGUUUGUUUACAUAGAAGCUUCAGUCAGAUUAAGAGAACUAAAGAGUUUGCCUUUCAAUUUAGCCCUUUGUAGACCAUUUGCAGCACAUUGCAUAGGCUACCCUGUGGUUACUUUGGGUUUUGGUUUUAAAAGUUAUAUAUCUUACAGAAUGCGCUUGCGCAAACAGAAAGAAGUCCAAAAAGCAAAUGAAUUUUAUAUUUUGCUUCUAAUGAAAGCAUUGCCUCCUGAUGUUCAAAAUACUUAUUCAGAAAAACAGAAAGCAGCUCUACCACAAAAAUCAGAUGAGGAAGUAAUUGCAAAUGGUGUUUCAGGAAAGAAAUCCCACAAAACAGAUAAUGAAGACAAAGAUAAAGGGAAACAUUUUACAAAAAACACAGAUGACGAUGAUGAGGAUGAAUAUGAAUAUAUUGAGCAGCCAUUGUCUAAAAAAUCCAAUGUAAAUGAUUAUGAUGAAAGUGCAGAGAAUGAACAGCAUACAAAAACAUAUAAAUCCAACACUGUGAACAAAUCACAAGGAAACAAAUUAAACAGUAAUAAAGAAAAUAACUCCAAGAAAGGAAAAAAUUAUAGCAAAGACAUCUCGCCAUCAACAUUCAAUAACAACAAAGAUGAAAUUAUAGGCCGCUUAGAAAAUGAUGUUAAGCGCCUUAAGGCCGACCUUCAGUCCAGCCGUAAUACUGAACAGGAAUUGCGUACACAAAUAGCAAACAUGUCCAUAUCUGAAAAGUCAAUGCGAUCAGAACUUUAUCAGCUCCAGCAAGACAAUGAAAAUUUACAGAACAAACUACACAAUUUGGUGACCAGCAGACAGCAAGAUAAACAAAAUAUUUCCAUCUUAGAACGCAAGCUACAAGAUGCUUGCAAAAAUAAAUGUGUUGUUGAACAGCAAUUGGCUUCAGAACGUAAAGCUAAGAAAGCAGAAGAAUCAGCAGCAGCCCGAGCAGUGUUAAUGGCAGCAGCAAGAGAAGAAUGUAAUGAAAAUUGCAAAGCCAGACGUCGAGAUACAGAAAAUGAUUUGAAGCAGCUUCGAAGAGAUUUAAAAAUUCGUGAAGAACAGUUUCGACAGCUAGAAAGAGAGGUACAGAGUCUUCGUCAAUAUAAAGAAAGCCAAGGAGAAUCAGAAAUUUUAAUGUCAGCACUGGCAGCCAUGCAAGACAAAAAUACACAUCUUGAAAACAGUCUAAGUGCAGAGACACGGUUAAAAUUAGACCUUUUUUCAGCACUAGGUGAAGCCAAGCGAGAAAUCGAGAUACUGAAAAAUGUUGUACAGAAAAAAGAUUUUGAGAUUAAAGACAUAAAAUCCCGAAUGGCAGAGACUAUGGCUCUGUUACCCAGCACCAACACAUACAAUGGACUUGGUUCCACAGAUUCUUCCCCACUCUUCUCCAGCAAAUUACGCCCCCAAAACGACCAUUUGAGCCAGUUGGACUUCCCCUAUCAGUUGGCGGCCCUCCUCUUUCUCUCUUCCUUCUCCUUUUCCCCUUUAUUCUCACUGCUGACUGCAGAUCUGAUGGCAUUGUCAUUAGGAAUGAUCAUUGCCAGGCAGCCUGCUUCACUGAUAAGUAGGCUGCCCUCAGAUUUUCGUGAUGCCUGCCACAAACUUACACCCUCUCUUUGGUCUAUUCUUUCCACUCUCUCUUACCUCACCUUUUUAAGCUUGUUUUCUUUCAGCUUUCUGUUUCUCCCUGUCUGUCUCCUCGCUUUGUCCUGCUAA